CUGGACGAGAUCCGGACGGGUCAGCCCGUUGAGGGCGUUCAGUGGUCAAACAGGGCAGCCCCCCAUGCAACUGUCUGCAUGCUCCGGGGACUCCUGGUAGCGAUCCUCGACUGGCAUGCCCGAGCGAGGUGCCCAGUCGAGUAUGUAAACGAGUGGUUCGGUCGCCACAGAACCGUAUCGUUUCCGACUGCAAGCAUUUGCGGUGAGGUUGGAACCACAGCCUGAGCUCCUCAGUCCAAAAGCCCGAGCAACCCCGACAGGGAAGUGGCCGAGAUCACUGGUUGCGGACUCCCAAUUCGCUGAGAACACGUCCACUGCGGGGCCGCCCAGCUUCAGCUCCAUUUCCAGCUUCAGCUCCAGAACCAGCACUAGCACCAGCGCUGCACAACUUCGGGCAUCGAAGCAAGUCAAUCCUCGGAACCGGCGACAUGGGGGGCGGGCCAACAGCCAUGCUGUCAGUUUUGGCGCUGCUUGUGGCGUCUCUUGCAGCUCUGAGCACGACGGUGCAGGCGCAGCUGGUGGAGAACUUUUACAGGACCAGCUGCCCCAGUGCCGAGACUGUCAUCACCUCGGCUGUGAAUUCCGCGCUGAACAGGCGUGCAGCUUCUGCCGCGGGCGUUCUUCGCAUCCACUUCCACGACUGCUUCGUCCACGGAUGUGACGCAUCUGUGCUCAUCGACUCUCCCUCGGAGAAAGACGCCCCACCCAACGGGAGCCUGCAGGGGUUCGAAGUCAUCGAUGCUGCCAAAACGGCCAUUGAAAAGCGAUGCCCUGGCAUCGUCUCGUGCGCAGACAUCACGGCCAUGGCGUCUCAAAUUGCAGUGAAAAAGUUGUCCGGAGGAAAGAUCACGUGGAAAGUCCCCUUGGGACGCAGAGACGGGCUGGUAUCUUCCGCUGCCGACGUUGCCGGCAAACUGCCCGCCCCAACGGCCAAUGUGGCCACGCUCAAGUCCAUCUUCGCAGGCGUGGGCCUCACCACCGAGGAGAUGGUCGUGUUGUCGGGCGCGCACAGCGUCGGUGUGGCGUCGUGCCGUGCAGUCCAGAACCGUCUCACCACUCCCCCAGACGCCACCUUGGAUCCCACGUACGCCCAGGCGUUGCAGAGGCAGUGCCCCGCAGGCAGCCCCAACAAUGUGAACCUGGACGUCACCACCCCCACCAGGCUGGACGAGGUCUACUUCAAGAACCUGCAAGCGAGGAAGGGGCUGCUCACGUCCGACCAGGUGCUGCACGAGGACCCCGAAACCAAGCCCAUGGUUGCGAAGCACACCAGCCAGGGGGUGUUCAACGAGGCUUUUAAGAACGCGAUGAGGAAGAUGAGCGACAUCGGCGUGCUGACUGGCAGUGCGGGCGAGAUCCGGGCGAACUGCCACCGCUUCAACGCCUAGCCGGUGGACGCUGCACGCCGCGGCCACCACUGCAAGCAAUGUGAAAUCACGCCCUCAACGACAACGUCGAAGGCGUUGCCCACAAACUUUCUAGUUGGGGUAGUUGGGGUAGUGCAAGCGCGCCCGCGACCUCAGUCCACUGCUGCACGCCGUGGAGGCGAGAUUCCAUCCAAUCCGGGGCUCGCAUGGAGCAAGACGAUGAGGUGAUCCGUAGGAAUUGCUGUUUGUCAGUGUGUGUACUUGGCGGCUUAGAUGCGCGCACACAUGCAGCUGGAACCGAGAGGAUUUGGCGUUUUAAUCAGCAUUUUCUCACAUAUGCCUGCCUUGCCGACGUUGCCGACAUACAGCAGGGUGUAGGGUCUGGAUAUAUUUUUAAAAACUGAUUAGUUUUAGAAAUUCUAAAAUUGAUGUUGGAAAGAAUCCAAAAGCUAAACAAAAUGAUUGAAUUUAUGGUACGUCAAGAUAUAUGGAAUUUGAAAGAAUUAAAAAAAAUUCUUUUGAAUCAACAAAAGUAGGUCUUUUUCAAGCACAUUUUUCUUUAUU